CCGCAGACCAAAGCUUGAACCUUUACUGGCGGCCAGGGACAUCCGUCCCGUAAGAGGCGACGGGGUUCACCAGCUUCUGCCACGACCUCAGCCACGUGGCUGAAAUUCCACACAGAACUAACCUGGCAGACGUUGGCUGGGUCUCUUUAGGUUCCCCUCCCAGUCACUCUCUCAAGCCAACAGACAGAGGGCGGGCCCACGGGUGCGGCUAACACCGCGUUGCCUGAACGGUAGUUCUUAGCCCAUGACCAUCGCCUGGGUCCUCCAUACCAAGUGCUGGUGACGACUCUCCAGCUAAGCUUCGGACAACUACGAGCACGUCAGAGAUCAUGCUGCCUUUCUGUCACGCCAGGUUUACUAACGCUGGACCGCUCACCGCAGCACCAUGCCUGACAAUGGCAUUCGCCUACUUGCCCUCGACGACGGCGGCGGGUCCGCGGCCUGUCCUCGCUGAUGAUUCUACAAAAUCUCAUGUCUACCAUCGACCCCGACUCCCGCCCAAGCCAUGCGAUUACUUCGGCAUGAUCUGCGGCACCAGCACCGGCGCCUGAUCGCCAUCAUGCUGGGGCGCCUGAACCGUUGACGAAUGCAUCGCUGCCUACCAGUCCUUGUCCGACAAGGUGUUCGAGAAGAAGAGCCAUAGGGUCAAGAUCAACGGCCAGUUACAGGGCAGAUUCGAUAUUGUGUCGCUGGAGCAGGCGGUCAAGCAGAUCCUGGUGGACAACGGCCACGGCGAAGACGCGCUUCUUAAAGAUCCCUCCAAAACAGCUUGC